CCUCGGCAGCUGCUGCUGCAGCAGGAGACUGCAGCAGCAGCGGCCUUCUUAGAGGAAGGCGGCUAUGGGACGAAAACAAAAACAGAAAAAACCUGCAGCGGCACCAACACCAGCAGCAGCAGCUCCCGCAGCAACAAACUCAGCAGCAGCGCAGCUGCUGCUGCUGCUGCUGCCGCUGCUAAUGCCGCUGCUGCUGAUGCUGGCGCUGCUGCUGCUGCUAUAGAAGAAGAUGUGUCUGCAAAUGCUCCUGGUGCUGCAGCAGUUCACGAUGCUGCUUCCAAUUCGGCAGCAGCAGCAGCAGCAGAAGCAAACGAGGGAGCGGCUACUUGUCUAAAGGAAGCCCUGAAGGCCUCGCAGGACUGUUCCUCUUCCCUUGCUGCUGCUGCUGCUGCUGCUGCUGGAGCCACUCCGGAGCAGGAGCAGCCAGCUCGCGUCGACAGCAAAGUCGGUCUGCAGCAGCAGCAGCAGCAAGAGCAGCAACUGCAGCAACCGCAGCAGCAACAGCAGCUGCAGAAUGCAGCCCAUUCGCAGCCCUUAGACUCCCGUGCUGCUGCUGCUGCUCCUGCUGCUGCUCCUGCUGCUGCUCCAUGCGGCCAAACAGCAGAGAGCAAAGCAGCAUGUGACGCAGUAGCAGCAGCGACAGCAGCAGGGGAAGCAGCAACAGCAGCAGCACCAGCGGCAGCUGCUGCUGCUGCUGAGCCAUCUUUCAAGAGGGAUGCCAGUGAGGACAGCAGCGAAGAUGCGAAAGAAAACAGCAGCAGCAGCAGCAACAACAACAACAGCAACAAUAACACUGGCAGCAAAAGAAGCAGCAGCAGCGACACACUCUCCUGCGAUAACUCCACCCACGGCAGCAAAAACGACAGCAGCAGCAGCAGCAACAGCAGCAGCAGCAUCACGGAGAAGAGCCUUGUCGAAGGCACGUCAACCGGUACCAGCAGCAGCAACAGCAGCAACAGCGACAGCAGCAGCAACGACAACAGCGACAGCAGCAGCAGCAACAGCAACAGCGACAGCAGCAGCAGCAGCAGCAGCAGUUCAGGACCUCAGCUGUGCUGCAGCAGAUACCACAAAAUGAAAAGAGACUCUACGAGCUCUGCAGCAGCAGCGCUGCGCUCCGCCCAAAUCGCAGCAGCAGCAGCAGAGUGCGACAGCGACGCCGAACCAGAGGAAGCAAGCCAAAGCCUGCGUUUCUUCUUUGAGCUGCAGAGCCGCUGCCAGCAGCAGCAGCAGCAGCAGCAAGAGUAG